AUGGCGGAGGACGAAACGGAACCAGUGGAGGAUGUGGACCCAUCGAACCUGAAAAGAAAAAGUGAUGGGUUCCUCUUUAGAAAUUUUAAAAGGCUCAAGCAGAAGCUGCAGGGGAAUGAAGGUGAGGAGGAGGAAUCGGAAAACGAGCAACCAGGGGAACCACAAAACGAGCAGUCAGGGGAAUCACAAAACGAGCAGUCAGAUGAGCUGCCCGAGCAGCAUGCAGACCCUGAGGAGAAUCUCUCCCACCGCGUGCACACCUCAAAGAAAAUCAAGCACAACAAAAAGAGUAAAAAAAUUAUAGACGAAGAUUAUGGAAGUGAUAAGGAGGAAGCGGAAGGGGUGGGCAAAGAGGGAAGUAAUGAACCGACAGGUAACAGCAGGAAGAAGCCCAAGAUUGUGAAUGACCACCAAGGCAAAAGCCCUGCGAAGGAGGCAACCACCAAAAAGGACAGUGUAAAAACCAAAGCAGAUUUAAAAGGUGCAAACCUUAAUGGGAAUGAUGUAGAAGAGGAAGUUAAAAAGUCGAAUAUGGGUGAGAAGGAGAAGGGAGGGGAAGACGUAGUAGACGCGGAGGAUGACGAAGAAGAAAACGAGGAGGUUGACAACGAAGCCGACAAUGAAGACGACAAUGAAGACGACAACGAAGCUGACAACGAUGACGAGGAAGAGGACGAUGAUGAGGAGGACGACGAAGAGGAAGACGAAAUGAAAGGGUUCAUCGUAGACAGCGAAGAAGAGGAUGAAGAGGAGGACGAAUCGGACGAUGACGAAAUGGAUGACGACGAGGAGGAAGAAGAAGAAGAAGAUGAAGAAGGAAAAAAGAAAAAGAAAAAAAAAAAAAAAAAUUAUGAUUAUUUUGAAAACAAAAGUUUAGACGAAGAAGACCUAGAACUAAUCGCAGAGAACACGGGAAUGCAAGUAGUUAGAAACGAAAAAGACACGAAACAUCGAAGGUUAAAAAAGAUCAAGGACCUACAAGGGGCAGACGACGACGAUGAUGAUGAUGGUGAUGACGAUGGUAACCUCUUUGCAAUCACUGCAAAGAGCGAUGACAAAAGUGAAAACAAACUCGACCGACUAAGGGAUAAAGACUACUUUAUUGACGAUAGCGAAACGCCGCAGAAGAAGCAAAAGGCGGAUCAGAAGGACAGUCUGUUCAAUUACGAUGAUAACGAGUCUGAUGAUGGGGAAAAUGCAGGUGACGACGAAGAGGAAGAAGAGGAGGAGGAAGAAGGGUACCCAAUCGCGUCUGACAAUAUUUACAAAGCAGACUCAUACAUCCAUGAAAUUAUUAGCCAAACGUUUGGAGACGUCAAUACUGUCCUGGACAUCAUUAACGUAUCUCCUGCGAAGAAGAAAAAAAAAUACGAUUACGAAAAUGAUGAGGAUGAUGAUGAUGAAGAGGAGGACGACGACUAUGAUGACCACGCGGUGGGAUACCGUGGAGGUCACGGGGGUGACGACCUAUUCUCUGGAGAUAUGCUUCUGGACGAUGAGGAGGAUGAAAGAUCCAGGAGAAUUAAAAAAAAGAAAAAAAAAAAAUCGGUCAGCUUUUUUGAUCAAAUUAAUGAAGAAAUGAAAAAGAAGGAGUUGGGGGAGGACUCCGAUUAUGAGGUGGACGAUGACAACGAUGAUGAGGAAGGUGACGCUGAAGAAGACGAAGAAGAGGAAGAAGAAAGUGAUGAUGCAGAAGAGACGGACGAGGAGGAUGGUGAGAGUGACGACAGUGUGGAUGACUCCGCCGAUGAGGAGGACGAACUGGACAGCGAUCGAGAAAUCUACGAGCGCGAAUUCAAACAAGUAUGCGAUGAAGAGUAUAACAAAUUUGAAGAAUACGAAGAGUAUGACGAUUUUGACGAUUUUGAUGACCUGCCCUACUAUGAGGACACCAUAAGGAAGAAGGACAAAUAUGGUGGGGGAAAAAGCGAAAAGGUGAAAAGGAAGAAGGUUUUAAGCAUCCUAGAUGAGAGCGACAAGGGGGAAGACGACACGGAUGAUGAUAAUGGCGAAGAGAAUAAAACAGCAGUGGAGGAAAACCAGAUAGACCUAUUCGGAGAGGAAGACGUGGCCGAAUGGAAAAAAAUCGCAGAACCGGAUGAAAGGCUCAACCAGUUAUUAACAAAAAGGGAUGACCAGAUUAGGUACUCCGACAUCCCAGAGAGGUUCUACUCCGUCUACAAGAAAAGAAAAAACAAGCUAACCAAAAAGUUGUUACUUAUAGAAUCCAAAUGGAUAAUACUUAAGCUGAAGGAGAAAUAUCCAAAUUAUUUCACCGUAAAAAAUAUGGAAAAAAUGAUAGAGCAAUUUUACGACAAGACAUAUAACCAUAUAAAAGUGCAGGAAUUCUUAAGUGAUAAUUUUCUAUUAAAAAAAUGUAUCCUCACUUUAACGUUAUUAAUAAAAUAUAGAAAUGAAAUUCCGUUCAUUUUUUUUCACAAAUUUUACCUAGUCUCACCACCAUUUAAUUUAAAUAUCCUGUGGGACAUAUAUGAGUUAGACAAACUGUGGUACAAAACCUUCGCCAAAAUGAAUAGGCUAAGAAGUAGACUAAAGUUGUUAAGCAGUUCAUAUAGGGUCCAUUCCAACGUCUUUGAUAUUCUCGAUAAGAACAAUGACCUGUAUUAUGAGGACAUCAACAUAUACUAUUUUUACCUAAAGAAUGAUCUCUUCAGGGGGAUGAAAAUGGAGGAAAAUGCAAUGGGGGAACACUCCUCCAUUCUUUGCAUUACGAACCAGGGGGAGGGAAACGACCCUAUAGAAGGAGACAAUAUGACUGGCAAAAAUGAAGAUCUCUCCGUUACAAUAACCACUGUAGAUCCUGGAAAUGAGAAAAAGAAUAUCCAUCCUGAGGGUGCCGGUGAUGACCUCUUUGGAGAAAAACUGCUCGAGGAAAAUAGCUCAAAUAAAAACGAAGCGAAAAAAAAAGAGACAAAAAAAAACGACGAAUCAAAACUGUAUAACGAGAAGAGUAUCCCAGGAAUGCUCUUCCUCGAGUAUGUAAGAAAAAACAAAUUCAACAUUUGGGAUGACUACCUCCUCACCACGGAAGAGUUUUACGAAAACAUCGCUUACGUCUAUGACCUAAUAAAGGACGAAACGAUUUGGCCGGCAGACUACCCAGACGAUGAGGAGAAGCACCACCAAUAUGAUGACUACAAAUACGGGGAUAGCAAAAGUAACAGGUAUUCCAAACAUGAAGCGGACACACACCAUGGGAAAACGAAAGACAACACAACAGAACAAUUAACCACCUUCACAUAUAACUGCUCCAAGAUUAAACACAUGGUAACAAAUGUCCCAGAAAUUUACGGCAACGAUGUGAAUAAUCCGACGCAGAUGGAGGAGUGGUGUAAGUCCUUCUUCCCUCGAGAAAUAUCGAACAAUAAGGAAAUUUUCAAGACGCUCAUUUGUUACUAUGCCAAGCUGUUAGCCUCUCACCCGUGCGUGAAAUACAUUUUUAGAUUUUUCUUCCUUAAAUACGCGUCCCUCACGACGGUGAGUACUAGCCAAGGGGAGGUUCACAUCGAUGUCAGCAGCCCAGACUACUUCUCCUUCCGGUUGUUUAGGUUUCCAGUGCAUCACUUACUGUGUGGUGAAUAUAGUAAAGGGGGAAGCACAUCAUUCAGUGGAAGCACCGAGGUUCCUGAUAACGGCAAGCCCUACCGCACCUCGCAUGACCCCUGCUACGUGCACAACUACAAUGUAAACUUCUUCAACACGGAGCUGGACGAAGGAGAAGUAAGCAUGGAUCUGAAAAAGAGGGAGUUAGAGAACUACUACAACAAACACAAGUACAAACACAUUUAUUUAGAAAUUCUAAAAAAUAGGGAUAACAAAUUAGUGAACCUGAUUAUUCACCCCAUAUUGCCAAACGAAACGGCCUACUUCGAAAAGGAAAAAAGUAAAUUAUCCAAAGCGGAAUCCAUGGACAACGAAUGGAUCAACAACCUACUGAAGCAAUUGUCUUACGCGUACUGCUACAACGAUCUGGAGGACACCAACCUUUUCGUGCAUGUACAGAAAAAAAUCUUAAAUAACUUCCUGUGUGUAGAAUUAUUACCCCUGUUUAAAAAAAACCUAGAAAAUAUGCUACUCGCUAGUGCACAGAACUGGCUCAUGGUAUACAUUCAUCAGUCCUUCUAUCUUACCCUGAAUGUUAAACCUAUUAAAAUUUACAAAAAUUCGGAGGAAGAAAAAGCCAUGCUACGAAAUGACAGAAGCGGCAGGGAGGAAGAUAAUUAUUCUUCAGAUUAUAAAAGCGGAGAUUCCUACACCAGGUAUGACGAUCUGGAAAGCAGGCACCUCCGCCAUGGGGGCAAGAAGAAGUACUACAGUGACGAAUCUUACAGAAGCAGCAGUGAUGAUUAUGGUGAUGAUGGAAAACGCACCAGGCGCAUCCGGAAGGAAGAGAAAAAAAGCAAAAAGAGGGAAAGCAAAUGGGAUGAAAGUGAUGACAUAACAACCGCAGAAGUGAAGGAAACACAAAAGGGAAAUAGAAAAGGAGGCACCAAUUGGGAUGUCAGUGCCGAUCAAAGUGCAGACCAAAGUGGAGAUCCCAAUUGGGACCUCAACACAGAACAAGCUACGAAACAUAAGUCGGGUAAGAGAUCCAACAAAUCCGAUCUAUUCGAUUCUUCCCACUCGAAUGAAACUGACGAGGAAUACAAAUCGGACGGAACAAUGAAAGAAAAAGAAAGUGGAUACAUGAAGCAUCUGUCCUAUGAUGAUAAUUACUCGGACAAAUCUGGAAAAAGCUACAUUUCUAACAAACAAGAUGAAGAAAAAAAAAAACAACAAAUUUUAAAAAGUAUAAAAAAAAAUCAUAACGUGUUUGAAGUGGUGUCCAUCAUCUGUGAACCCAUAAACUAUGGGAUCAGGCUGCACAUAAUGGCUUGCGACAUUUAUGGUGAUAUUAUCGAAUACAUCUACCUAGACAACCUAUACUUAGAUAUUGCGAAAAAGGAUAAAAUGCCCAUCGAGCAGGAGAAAAUUGCCAAAGAUAUUAACAUAUUUAGCAACUUCCUAAGGAAGAUAAAACCGGAUGUGAUAGCCAUCGGGGUAAGGGACGUGUACUCCUACCUCGUCUACUCCUACGUCUUGAACUUCUUCAGCGGAGGGAUGCACAACACGGGGGAGGAUGCUCAUCCAUAUGGAGUGGGAAGCAGCGCCCACCAUAUGAGUAGACCCCACUUGACAGGCAACCAUGGAAAGUGCGUGGUAAUCCCCGAAAAUUUGUACAUCCCAAGUAUAGUGACUAAUAGCCUAAAGUAUAGCGCAGAUCUGACGAGCAAGUAUUCCAGGGAGGCGCUGCUCUGUCUGUCCCUGUGCCGCUUUGUGCAAAACCCACUCUGUGUAGUUAUAUCCCUUUUUGAAGAGGAAAAUAAAAACAUGCUUAACAUAUGCCUGCACGAUUUACAAAAAUAUAUCUGUAGCUAUAAGUUGGAGGCCCUCUUCCAAAGAAUCAUACUAGAUGUAGUAAACAAAACCGGGUGCGACAUCAACUUUUUGAAGAAAAAAAAAAAACACUUGGGAGUUAUGUUAAGUUACGUGGCAGGAUUAGGUUUACGAAAAAGGGAAGAAUUAAUCAAACUUUUGCACAACAGGAAUUUAAGCACCAGGGAGGAUCUCCUAACCCUAUCAUCGAAUAGGAACCUAAUUGGAAAAUGCAUCUAUAGAAACUGUUCCUCCUUCAUUAGAAUUAUAGGACAUGCAGAUGAGUAUGUAGAAGCGCUGGACAACACGAGGAUCCACCCCCUCAAUUGCUACGAUAUUAUUCAGGAUUUAUUUAAAAAUGUGAUAGACACAAAAAAGAAUAAUUUUUUAAAAAGCACCUACGAUAUUGUUAACUACAUUAUUGAUAAAAAAAAGCUUAUUAAAAAUAUGGAAAUAAAAGAAUACUCUAGACGAUUCUACGAUGAUAAGAAAAUUUAUAUUUACCCCUACCUCAAGUUCAUUCAGACGGAACUCCUGCAUCCGUAUAAGGACUACCGUUACAAUUAUGAAAAGAAGAAGGAAGAAGAAUUGUUCUAUCUAAUAAUCAACGAAAAGAAGGAAAACCUAGCCAUUGGUUCUGAAGUGGUAUGCAAAAUGGAUUUCAUUAAUAAAAAUAGUAAUUACAUUAAGAUAACCAUUUUGCCAUACAACAUUAGGGGCAUCAUAACCGACUCGAAGGAAUUUCUACGACAACUGAGAAAAUAUUACAUCGAAAGGAUGAACUUAAUUAACUCCAAUUUGGAAAAUAUAAACACGUCACAUAAUAAGGGGCACCACCAUUACGGGAAUAGCAACAAUUUGAAGGACACCGAAUAUAUUAACAACUCCGUCCUGGGGGAACUAAUCAAAGGAAGAAUCUCCUCGAUCAGCUACAAUCUCUACAACCGCUUCGAAACCAACUUCCACGUAGUCGUAACGGAUGAAAAUAUUAGGAAGAUUAAGAACCAAACCUUUAUGCAUAAUUUAAAGUGGCCACUCAGGUAUGAUUAUCUCUCCCCACUGGUUGAAUUCGACAUAAACUACGAUACAAACACGUUCAUACAAAACCAUUUCAGAAAAUUAAACGACAAUGAGGACUUUGAAGAUGUGGACGAAGAGGAUGAGGAAGACGAAGGGCAAACAGAUCAGCAUACAUCGGAACAGCCACAUCAGGAUGGACACAUGACAAACCGCAACAGUAGACAACAAAAGUUGAAAAUAAAAAUUAAGAAUAAAAAUAAAUACUACCAAAAUAAGAAGCUAAUAAAUCACCCCCAUUUUAAAUUGUGGAAUUAUCAUGAAGUGCAUGCAUAUCUUAAACAGACAAAUAUCCAAAUAGGGGAGUCCAUUAUAUACCCAUCGAACGAACUGAACAAGCUGUACCUACACAUAAAAACGUCGGAUGACCCGUUCAUUAUUGCCAAGUUUACUGUAUACGAGAAGAACAUCCAGCAUGCCAGUAACAGUGGUAGUGCCGCUUUGCAUAAACACCUCCAGGGAAUUCAACAAGUGUACCUCAUAAAUAACGAACAGUUCCACUCCAUUGAUCAGAUAAUCUCCCACUUUUGUGAUAAACUAAAAAAUAAUCUAUUCGAAUUGUACAAUCACCCCAAAUGUAAGAGAAGAAAAGAAUGGGAAGAAAUUAGGAAAGAACUGUCACAAGAAAGUUUACUAAAACCGGAACACAUCGUCUGGGCCCUUAUCCCCCCCAUUCCAUUCCCCCCCAAAAAAAAUGCCAACGAAAAUGAUAAUAAAAAUCCUACCCCAGACUUUAACCCCCUGCGAUUUACCCUCAUGGUUGUCCCUCCACAUAAUCACCACCAACAACUCUACGCAAAUUAUAACAACGACCUUCAUCCUAAGGAUCACAUCGUCCUCCAAGACUCCAUCUACGUGGAUCACAAAUCCUUCAAACUCUGGACCAGGGUCGAACGCAACUUUAAAAACCUCAUUACCUGGUGGAAGGAGAAGGGCUACUGGAACAGGCAGAAUGAACGACAGGAGUACAUGAACGAGAAGAAGAGGAAAAUGGAGGAGUACCGCCGCCUACGGGGGGGCAGACCCUAA